GGCGAAGGAGAAAUCAGCAAAGCUUCAUUUAAAUACAAGAUUUCUGUGGAUACCCUAAAAUAUCAAAAGUCAUAUUAUUCACCCCCAUUUGCUACGUCGGAAAAUAUGUUUUGGCAGCUAAAAUUUGAUUUGGAAUGCCAAGAACAUCCAGAAUAUUGCUCGUUGUGGCUUGUAGCCUUGGCAAAUCCACAAGAGAAUGUUUCUACGGAUAUUUGGUUGGAUAGAAGUGAAUAUUCCGCUACUUGUUUUAUGAAAAACCCAUACAAAGAAAUGAACUUUGGGAAAUUAGAAAACUAUAAUAUUAGAUCUUGUCUUUAUGGAUUUGCAAAAUUUAUUGAAAAGAAUAAACUUCCAAAAGAAGGCGAAGUGACAAUCGGUGUUCGAUUUAAUAAAGUAAUUUUUUCGUCAGAAAGAUCCACUCAAAUAUUUCCUUCUCCCGAGUUUCCACCUGAACUUAUCAAAGUAUGGAAAUCCGAAUGUAAUAAAAGCUCAAUUUCAGAUGUAAAAUUUAAUUUUCCAAAUCAUGAUAAUAAAUGUGUAUACGCUCGUGGUACUAUUCUUACUGAACGAUCUGAAUACUUUAAGGCAAUGUUACAACAAGGGGUUUGGAAUGAAUCACAUAUAUCAGAGUCAGAUGAUGAUGCUAGAACAAAUGAUGUUAAAAUACCUAUGGAAAGGACGUCAGAAAAAACCACAGAGUUGCGUGAGAAAUUAUCAACCUUUGGAAAAUUGUCUGGU